CGCCACACUUGAAGAGGGUGCGGGAAGCCGCUCCGCGUUAUCAUGGAGUUAAUGCAGGAAGCGCGGGAACUGGGUUGCUGGGCGACGGAAGAGAUGGGGGCGCCCGUCGCAGCCCAAGCCCCGGAGUCGACGCUGCGCAGACUGUGUCUGGGCCAGGGGGCCGACAUCUGGGCCUAUGUUUUGCGGCAUGUGCACAGCCAGAGGAGUGUCAAGAAGAUCCGGGGAAACCUACUCUGGUAUGGCCACCAGGACAGUCCAGAGGCCCGUCGGAAGCUGGAGCUGGAAGCCACUGUUGCUCGCCUGCGGGCAGAGAUCCAGGAGUUAGACCAGAGUCUGGAGCUGAUGGAGCAAGAGACCGAGGCUCAGGACAUAGCCCUGGAGCAAGCCCUUCAGAGCAUUCAAGACACCCAGCGCCGUGCUCUCCUCCUCCGGGCCCAAGCUGGGGCCAUGCGAAGACAGCAGCGUGGGCUGCAAGAUCCCAUGCAGCAGCUGCAGAAUCAGCUGAGGCGUCUGCAGGACAUAGAGAGGAAGGCCAAAGUAGAUAUAACCUUUGGACCCUUGACAUCAGCAGCCCUGGGCCUGGAGCCUGUGGUCCUGGGUGAUGUCCGAACAGCCUGCACCCUCCGGACCCAGUUCUUGCAGAAACUCCUAAUUCCUCAGGCCAAGGGAGGCAGCAUCCCAACCCCUCGAGAUGACUACUUUGGACCUUCCUACCAGCACUGGCUUAGCUCAGUGGAGACACUGCUGACAAACCACCCUCCGGGCCACGUCCUGGCCUCCUUGGAGCACUUGGCUGCAGAGCGGGAGGCAGAGAUUCGGUCCCUGUGCAGUCCGGAUGGGCUCCGAGAUACGGAGAUAGCCAGGUCCCAGGCACCAGACCAGUCAGACUCCAGCCAGGCCCUGCCAUCCAUGGUGCAUCUCAUCCAGGAGGGCUGGAGGGCCGUGGGUGUGCUGGUUGCCCAGCGGGGCCCCCUUCUGAAGGAGCAUCAAAUCCUGACCCAGCGCCUCCAAGGCCUGAUGGAGGAGGUGAAGAAAUGUGCGCCGGGAUCCAGUGAGAGGCAGGCCUUGAUGCUGGGGCUCCGGGGCUGUGGCCUGUGGGCAGAGCUCAAGGCCCUACGUGCCCAGAGCCAGGAGCUAGAGGAGGUGGCUGGGCAGCGGCAGCUUAUGCUGCAGGAGCUACAGGCCAAACAGCAACGGAUCCUGCACUGGCGCCAGCUGGUGGAGGAGACACAGGAACAGGUCCGCCUUCUCAUCAAGGGCAACUCAGCCAGCAAGACACGCCUGUGCCGGAGCCCUGCAGAGGUGCUGGCUCUGGUUCAGCGAAAACUGGUCCCCACAUCUGAGGCGGUGGCACCAGAGAGCCAGGAGCUGCUUCGCUGUCUAGAGGAGGAAGCCCGGCAUCUGCCCCACCUUCUGUUGGGCACCCUGCUUCGGCACAGCCCCGGAGGAUUGCAGCCCCUGCCUACGGUCCUGCCAUCCAUCCACCAGCUGCAUCCUGCAUCCCCGAGGGGCUCCAGCCUCAUAGUGCUGAGCCACACACUGGGGCUGCCUGCAGGAAAGGCUCCGGAACUGCUCCUCCCAAAGGCCGCCUCUCUUCGUCAGGACCUUCUAUUCCUCCAGGACCAGCGGAGUCUCCGGUGCUGGGAUCUGCGCCACGUGAAGACCAGCCUGCCACCAGGACCAUCCACCCAAGAGCUGCUGCAGAUCCGGGCAUCCUGGGAGAAGGAGCAGAAGGACAAUCUGGGGCAGGCUCUGAAGCAGCUGGAGAACCUGCUGAAAAAAGCACUGGAGCGAAUCCCCAAGCUACAGGGGGUUGUGGAGGACUGGUGGGAGCAGCCAGGCCAAGCCGCCCUGUCUGAGGAGCUCUGCCAGGGCCUGUCCCUGCCCCAGUGGCGGCUGCGCUGGGUCCAGGCCCAGGGUGCCCUGCAGCAGCUGUGCAGAUGAAAAGGGGCCUCAAACAGGAGUCAGGAGCUUCAUAUUCUCCCCUCCAUGAGACCUUGGGAAGAGAGUAUCACCUGGAUGUGUCAACCCAUUGUCUCCACCCACCUUGCUGUCCUCCUCACAGGCAUUUCUGUCCUUCCCAACUGCCUGGGACCUGUCCUUUCAUCCAUCAAAGCCAAGAGAACAGGGUGCUCUGGACCCCACCCUAGGUCCCCCUGAAACUCCUCUCAUCACUCUCACCCUCAGCAAAAAGUCAUUGAGCACCUGCUCUAAACACUAAGGAUCCAGCACUGAACAAAAUGGACAAAAGUCCCAUCCUUCAGGAAGUUGUUCUAGGACAGGGAAGCAGACCCCUGACAAGUUAAGUGAGCAAAAUAUGUAGUAUGUUGGAAGAUAACGGCUCUGGAGAAAAAUAAAGCAGGAUGUAGGAGGUGCAACUUUAGAUAGAAGGCCACACACACCCUGUAAAGGUAAUGAGAGGGACGCACGUGGGCAUCUGAGGAGGGAUGGAGUGGGGCUGGAGUGGGAAGGAGGCUAGAGCUCAGGCAAUGGCCCUCAGCUCAAAAUGCCGGUGAGAGGGUUGAGGAGGUGGGGGUGUUCAGCGGGCGGGGUGGGGGAGGUCUUCUAGUUUUUACGUAGUUUCCUUUUUUGUAUUUAAAUCUCUGAAGUCGGGGCGCCUGGGUGGCUCAGUCGGUUAAGCGACUGCCUUCGGCUCAGG